AAAUAUAUAUUUUAUGUUGCAUUUCAGCUCGUUUUUUGUUGGCUGUAUAUUAAUGGUUUAUUCUUCUUUAUCAGAAGUUACAGUGGAUUUCGAAGGGCGUUGGAUAACAAGGCCCCCAGCCGAUAGGGAAUUUCCAUUCGCAGUAUUGAUCUUCAUGUCAUCCUCUGAAGACGAGAUCUGCAGUGGGUCAUUAAUAACACUUGAGUGGGUGUUGACAGCAGCACGUUGUAUGUAUAAAGGAGGCAAUGUGGUGGAGAACGAUACAUCGCUGGUAGUCUACGCUGGGGUGGACGGCAACGUGCAAGACCAACAUGUACAGAGAAGGGUUAGCAAGAAGUUAGUCAUACACAAUUCAGGUUUAAACGACUACUUCAGCCUCGCAUUGGUACAAAUUGACCCUUUCUUGCCAAAGUACAAUAAUAAAGUGGUCUCAACUUUACAUUUCGGGGUUGACCAAAGGUUCACCAAAGUCGAACGAACCUGCAAGUCCGGGAGUUACGGGAGAAUCGAAUGGGAUAAGGAGAUACCUCCAGCACUGAAAAAGACAAUGAAUUUAAUUCAACCCUGCAACUGUUCAAAUUCUCUGAGAGAAGCCUUUCCUGAGAGUUCUACGGAUCAGUGGAUGUGUGGAGAGUACGAGUAUAAUAUUGGAGAGUGCAAAGGGGAUUUCGGAGCUGUUUUGAAGUGUGACGACAAAGAUUUUUUAGCAGUACCCAUUAAUCUAGUCACGUUCUCAGACUUGAGGAUGUGUGAAAUUAGUGACAAGAUUUCCAAGAAAUGCAGUCAGGCUUCGACAAUUAGUGUCUACACUAGCGUGUGCAAAUAUCUCGUAUGGAUGAACUCAUACAUUCCAUCUGUGCCCGUUAAUAGAACAUCUUGUGAUAGCCCUAACUCUGCAGCCUAUCAGAGCUUCGUACAUGGUUCGAUUAUGUUUAUUUGCAUAUUCAUCUACCAUUAUAUGCAAUAGGUACGAUACUAAAUCCAUAUUUUGCAAAGCAAAUGAUCACAUUUUAACAAUAUAUUAUAGAAAACCAA